GCUUGAGUUUUUUUUUUUUUUCUUCCUUUUCCUGGAUGCUCUCUCUCUAUGUUUCUCUCUCUCUCUCUCGCUUCUCUUUUCUCGCCUGGGGUUUGCGCAAUCGAUACUUGAUAAUAACACCCCUAAUAAAAAUUAAUAAAAAGCUAGGCUGUCGAUCCUCGAGAUAGCGAGAGGAAAAACUCAUCCAGUAAUUGAGGGCUGGAUUGGAUUGGAUUGGAUUUGAUUGGAAAUGGCGAAUACAGAUCUGUUUGAUGCAUAUUUCAAGAGAGCAGAUUUGGACUGCGACGGUCAGAUCAGUGGAGCUGAAGCCGUUGCUUUCUUUCAAGGUUCCGGUUUACCCAAACAAGUCCUUGCGCAGGUCUGGAUGCAUGCUGAUCAGAGAAAAGCUGGUUUCCUGGGUCGUCAAGAGUUCUAUAAUGCUCUUAAGCUUGUUACUGUGGCACAAAGUAAGCGGGAGCUGACUCCAGAUAUAGUGAAGGCAGCUUUAUAUGGUCCUGCUUCAGCUAAAAUUCCUGCUCCUCAGAUAAACCUGGCAGCCACACCUGCUCCUAAAGCAGCAACACCUGCUCCUCAGAUGGCUGGUGCCACAUCAGUGGCAUCACAAAACUUUGGUAUCAGACCACCACAGAUGACUGGAAAUGCAAGCACAAACCAGCAGUUUUUCUCAUCUCAGCAAAAUCAAUUUGUGAGGCCACCCCAGGCUAUGCCUCCCAGCUCUGUGUCCCAUCCACAAUUACUUCCUGCAAGCCAAGCUGUGCCCAGGGUUAGUACCAUGGCUCCUCCUCGCCCUCCAAAUUCAAAUAUCUCAACUGAUUUGGCUGGUGGAGGUGGAGUUAUAGGUGUCCCAACCAGCCAAAAUCAAAGUAGGGGGGUUACUCCUCCUCCAAGUCAGGAUGGAUUUGGGCAAACAGCAUCAGGAUUGAUGCCUCCUGUCCAGCCUAGACCACAAUUGACCCCUGGGCAGACACCUUUUCCAAUACCUCAAGAGCCUGCUGUGGCCUCCAACCAAUCAGCAACAAAGGAUUCUAAAUUUUCAGGGAAUGGAUUCGCCGCUGAAUCACUUUUUGGAGAUGUAUUUUCUGCAACUCCUGCUCAACCAGCAGAAAGUUCUGCCUCAGCUGCAUCAUCUACAAGUACAUUACCUGCCUCGUCUGGAACUGUUCCUUCUUAUGUUGGGUCUCAACCUCCAAACAAGCCAAGCACUCUUGAAAGUUUGCCUAGCACUUUCUCUCAGCAACCUGUUGGUGGGCAAUCAACAGGAAGGCAGAGCCAGCCUGUUGCAGCUCAAAGUUCUGCUGUCACUUCGUCUGGAUUUCCUGUUGGAGCUGGGAAUUCGGAUUCAAGUCAAUCUCAGCCUCCAUGGCCAAAGAUGACUCAGUCUGGUAUUCAGAAGUAUAUGAAAGUAUUUGUGCAGGUAGACACAGAUAGAGAUGGAAAAAUUACUGGUGAGGAGGCACGCAAUCUCUUCCUAAGUUGGAGGCUUCCAAGAGAGGUCUUAAAACAGGUUUGGGAUUUAUCUGAUCAAGAUAACGACAGUAUGCUUUCUUUGAGGGAGUUCUGCACAGCUCUCUAUUUGAUGGAGCGUUAUAGAGAAGGCCGUCCUCUUCCUACUACACUUCCAAGCUCUGUAAUGUCUGAUGAGAUUUUGUUGUCUGCUACAAGCCACCCUACAGCUUCACAUGGCAGUGGAGCUUGGCGGCCUGCUUCUGGUCCUCGACCGCCACAAGUUAUGAUGGGUCCACGGUCAGCACCUGCUGCUGCAGCAAGGCCACCAAGGCCUCCUGUUCAUCAUGCUGAUGAAAAACAGCCCUCUCAGCAAAAGCUCAAAGUUCCUGUUCUGGAAAAGCAUCUUGUUGAUCAGCUUAGCGAGGAGGAGCAGGAUUCCUUGAACUCAAAGUUCCAAGAGGCUUCACAGGCUGAUAAAAAGGUUGAAGAAUUGGAAAAGGAAAUUGCAGAUUCUAGACAGAAAAUUGAGUUCUAUCGUGUUAAGAUGCAGGAACUUAUUUUAUAUAAAAGCCGAUGCGACAAUCGACUAAAUGAGGUAACAGAAAGGGUGGCUGCUGAUAAACAUGAGGUUGAGGCAUUAGCCAAGAAAUAUGAGGAGAAAUACAAGCAGACUGGGGAUGUAGCCUCUAAAUUAACAAUUGAAGAGGCCACAUUUCGUGAUAUUCAGGAGAAGAAAAUGGAAUUGUAUCGGGCAAUUGUUAAACUGGAACAAGGAGGCACUGCAGAUGGUUCUCUCAAGGAGCGAGCUGAGAUUAUCCAUUCAAGUCUUGAGGAACUAGCAAAAAGUGUGAAUGAACGCUGUAAACAGUAUGGAUUGCGUUCUAAGCCAAUGUCACUGGUUGAGCUCCCCUUUGGCUGGCAACCUGGAAUCCAAGAAGGAGCAGCCGACUGGGAUGAAAAUUGGGAUAAAUUUGAAGAUGAAGGUUUCACUUUUGUCAAAGAGCUUACUCUGGAUGUGCAAAAUAUUGUUGCCCCUCCAAAACAGAAAUCCUUAGUUCAAAAUAUGACCACUCCCAUGAAUGAGGAUUCAAGUGCUUCCCCCUCAAAGGCUGCGGUAAAGUCAAAGAAAGAUGCAAGUCUAGGUGAACCAAUUCAAGAGAAAGAAUCAAAUCAUGACCAUAGUGAGAAUGGCACAGCAAGAAGUCCACCCGAGAGUCCUGCUGGAAGAAGUCCGGCAGAGAGCCCAUCACAUGAAUUCCGAGAUUCUCCAUUCAAGGAGGGUAUUGGUGCUGAUAGUUCACCCCAUGCUAAAGAAAUCCACAGUGACAUGGGUGGUACUGAAAUUUCUGGGGAUAAAAACAGUGAUGAACCUGGCUGGGGUACAUUUGAUACUCACUAUGAUACAGAAUCCGUUUGGGGCUUUGAUUCUGUUAGUGGCAAGGAUUUGGAUCAUGAUAAGCAAAGUGAAAGUUCUCUAUUUGGUUUUGGUGAGUUUGCUCUAAAUCCGAUAAAAACAGGGUCCUCACGUGUUGAUAAUAUGUACCAGGGGAAGAGCACCUCGCUUUUUGCAGAUUCUGUUCCGAGCACCCCUGCAUAUGAUCAGGGGAGAAGCUUGUUUGCAGAUUCUGUUCCCAGCACCCCUGCAUAUAACCAGGGAAAGAGCACAUUUAUGUUUGCAGAUUCUGUUCCCAGCACCCCAGCCUCUAACCAGGGGAAGAGCUCCUUUGGCUUUGCAGAUUCUGUUCCCAGCACCCCAGCCUAUAACCAGGGGAAGAGCUCCUUUGGAUUUGCAGAUUCUGUUCCCAGCACCCCAGCCUAUAACCAGGGAAGGAGCUCAUUUGGCUUUGCAGAUUCUGUUCCCGGCACCCCUGCCUAUAAUUUUGGGAAUUCUCCACGAAAGUUUAACGAAGGGUCGGAGGACCACUCCUUUGACAGCUUCUCUAGGUUUGAUUCAUUUAAUAUGCACGACAGUGGAUUAUUUCAAUCCCCACGCCAUUCUCUUGGAAGAUUUGAUUCCAUGAACAGCACUAGGGACUCUGAUCAAGGUUAUGGGUUUCCAUCAAGGUUUGAUUCAUUUAGAGAAUCCAGAGAUUCUGAUCAAGGUCAUGGGUUCUCAAGGUUUGAUUCAUUCAGAGAUUCUGAUCAGAGUCAUGGGUUCUCACGGUUUGAUUCGUUUAGGGAGUCUGAUAAUAGUCACGGGUUCCCAUCAAGGUUUGAUUCAUUUAGAGACUCUGAUAACAGUCAUGCGUUUCCUUCUAGUUUUGAUUCAUUCAGAGAAACCAGAGACUCUGACCACGGUCAAGGGUUCUCGAGGUUUGAUUCAUUUAAUGCCAAUGAUAGUGGAUUAUUCCAGUCCUCUGGCAAUUCCCUUGACAGGUUUGAUUCAGUACGUGGGUCUAGAGAGACUGAUAGCAGUCGGUUCUCAUCCUUUGACGAGUCUGAUCCAUUUGGCUCUGCUGGGCCGUUUAAGAUAUCAAUUGAGGGUGAAACUCCAAGAAAAAGUUCUGAUAACUGGAAAGCGUUUUAGCUGGAUAUAAAAGCAUAUCAUAUCACUGGGUGCUUUCCUUGCGUGUGAAGCCUUUUUCUUUAUCUUCUUGCCUCCAUGAGGUUUGGUCUUGUAGGUUUGGCGUCCUGGUUCUUCCAUGAGUACAUAGUGCGUGCGAUGGUGAAUUAUUGAUUGAACAAUUAGCUUGUUUAGUUCUGCUGUUUUUUUUUUUUGGGUUUAAAAUUGAAUUACUUGUGUGUUAAGUUUUCUGUUGUAAUUUUUUGAUCAGGACAUGUGGAUUAUUUGUAUUUUUUUUUUUCAACUUGUGAACGUAUACUUCUAAACACUACUUGUGAUAUGGAAAUCAAAUUGAAUUAGUUUUCAGCGAAA